AUGCUGCAUUAUUUUGGAUUUGGGGCAAACACCAAGCCUGAGGAUGGCCCAGCAGUCAAGCAAGAGCCUGUCCGUGCGUUGCCAGCGUCCUGGUACAGCGACGAGAAGUUCUAUGAACUGGAGCGGCGGGCCAUCUUCUCUCGAAGAUGGCUAUUUAUGACACAUCAGUCAAGGCUCAAGGGACCAGGGGACUGGCUGCGCUACAACGUUGCUGGAUAUGACCUGAUCAUAAUCCGAGACCGUGUUGGCAACAUCAACGCAUUCCACAACGUUUGCCGACACCGCGCAUACCCAGUAAUGGAGAAGGAAGGAUCCGGGACGGCAAUGAUUUUGGCUUGCAGAUACCAUGGCUGGUCCUACGGGUUGAACGGCAAACUUGCCAAAGCUACCGGGUUCAAUGACAUGGACAAGGCCGAGAAGGAACAGAAUGGUCUUUUCCGAAUCCACGUCAAGAUCGACACCAAUGGAUUUAUAUGGAUCAACAUGGACUCUAAUCCCGAGCCCGAGGUGCCCUGGGAGGAGCAUUUCGAUGGGGUUGACAUCCAGGAGAGAUACAAGCAGAUGAACUUCGACGACUAUGACCUGGACCACGUGUAUGAGCUGGAGGGCGAGUUCAACUGGAAGGCGCUGUCGGACAACUUCAAUGAAUGCUACCAUUGUCCGACCACACAUGCCGACGUUCCCACAUUCCUGAACCUCGACUCCUUUGACAGCAACCUCAAGGAUGGACACAUACAGCACCACUGCGAGUACACCGAGGACCAGCUCAAAAGGGGGCUGAACGCCCUGAGCACCUACUACUUCCCAAACGUUUCAAUGACCAUCUCACCGCACUUCAUGAUGAUCCAGAAGUUCCUGCCGAACGGUGCAAAGAAGUCAUCAAUGCAUUAUGAGAUCUACCGCAACAGGAACUCGUCCCAAGAGGAUUUCGAGUUCAUCAGCAAGACAUAUGCCAAGGUAAUGAGCGAGGACAAGGUGCUGUGCAAUAACGCGCAGAAGAACAUCAACACGGGCGUUUACGUCACCGGCCAGCUGCACCCGAAGCACGAGAAAGCCCCCAUCUUCAUUCAGGGUCUUGUUCGGGAGGCAGUAAAUGAGCACUUCAAACGCGAGAGGAUGGAGGGCCGGGAGAUAUGGCCGGCGAAACAGCAGCUGCCGGCGAAUGCGACGGUGUCGAUGGAGGAUGAGGAGAUAUGCCAGGGUAUUUCCUGUGGGAUGCAGAAGGAAGAGCUUCUAGCAUGCUGCACACCCGGUGGUAUCGGCCACGAACUAUGCGAGGCGUUUCGCGCUCGAGGCCUCCAUGUCAUCGCCACAGCCCGCAACCCUUCCGUGCUGGCAGGUCUGGCCGACAAGCCUGGGUUCACGUGUCUCCCGCUGGAUGUCACCAGCCAGGACAGCAUCGACAGGUGCCGAGAUGAGGUGGCGAGACUGACGGGGGGCAAGCUCGACAUCCUCGUCAACAAUGCCGGAAGGACGCACACCGUGCCGGCGACGGACCUCGACAUGGACGACGUCCGGGCGACCUUCGAGGCCAACGUCUUCGGCGUCAUGGCCAUGGUCAAGGCAUUCACUCGCCUGCUCAUACCCACCAAGGGCCUCAUCAUUAACCUGUCCUCCGUCUCCUCGAUUUCGCCAUACCCAUUCGGCUCCGCUUACUGCGCCACCAAGGGCGCGAUCAACAGCUACUCGCGCACCCUGCGCCAGGAGCUGCGCCCCUUUGGUGUCAGGGUCAUGGUCGCCCUGCCUGGCACGGUGAACACCAACAUUACGGUCCAGGCUGACCGGCAGCUGCUUCCCGACAGCCUGUACAAGCCCAUCGAGGACGUGUACAAGUGGCGCCUGACGUUCAGCAAGCGAAACCCGGGCUCGAUCCCCCCUGCCAACUAUGCCAACAAGCUAGCGGCAGAUGCGCUCAAGCCUGAGUCGCCCGUGAUGCUCCGGGGGCUGCUCGGCACCAUCGGGCUCUGCAGGCCAGAUUGGCAUUACUACGGCGGCCUGGCCAAACAGUCGUGGCUUGGGUCAUGCGUUGGGGAAUGGCUCAUGGAUACCAUCGUCUACCGCAUGUUCAAGCUUCCGUUGCUCGAAACCCUCUUGAGAAAGCAGGAGUCAGACGCCAAAAAGCUGAGAUAGAGGGGAUGCGAUUGUUGCAUCUUGGUCUGGAGUGCUUAGCAGUCGCCCUGCAGCACAGAUUAUGGCCUCACUAACACCUUCAUCAUGGACAUCUUAUCGUCUAGCAGAUUGUCCAACCGAAGGAUUUGGAAGCAGGGUUUUAUUUCAAGAUACUCCUUAGGGCCUGUCUAGAUGUGCUUCUACUGUAGUAUGUUAUCACCUGUGAGGUUGGGGGUUGUUCUCUCCAUGGAUGGUUCACAUAGCUGCCGUAGUAUGCGCACUCCCGGACCUGCGAGGCUCAGAUAGUUGCCGUGGCCUUUUGGCGGAGCCCUG